GCCCCCAGCGGGCGGCGGCCGCUUCCCCGUCCCCUUCUUUCCCCGCUGCGGGGCCCGCCGGAGCCGCAGAGGGCGCUGCCGGCCCCCGGCCGCCGCUUUCCGGGGAGGCGGCGACGGGAGCUGAGGGCUGCCGCCGAAAUGAUGGCAGAAGACUUAGAAAAAUUCAUUGAAGAUCAGAAGGCCAAGUUGGCACAAGAUAAGGCAGAACUUGAAAAUGAUCCACCGUAUAUGGAAAUAAGGAAUAAGGAAUCUGAGAAGCUUUCUGAGACUAGCAAAAUGUUAAUCUCCAUGUCUAAAGAAAAUAUACCUCCAAAUAGUCAACAGAACUGUCCUUUAGGUGACUAUGGCUUGAGUUUACCUCUUGGAGAAGAAUAUGAACGAAAAAAACAUAAGCUAAAAGAGGAACUUCGGCAAGAUUAUAGGCGAUAUCUUUCUCAGAAAAAUUACCUGACUACUGGUGAAGUAGAUCCUUAUACUCAGGGAUUAUCUCUUCCUAUUGAUGAGCGAAGGUCUGCCAAGGAGAAACUACGGCUUGAAAGAAACAAGGAGUACAAUCAAUAUCUCAGGGAUAAAGAAGAAUGGAAUGAAAAGAUAAGGAAAUUAGGGAGGAAAAACACAGAGCGUGAGACAGACAGGAAUAAAAAACUUAUUGCUGCUACCAAGCUCUGGCCAGAACCGCGUACAGAAGUAGAGCCCUGUAGUACAGCUGCAGAACCUCCCAAGAAAGAUGCCUUUACUUCUACAGAAGGUUAUGAAGAGCUGCUAAAUAAGAGACGGCUGGAGGAAGACAGGUACCACAGGCUAGAUGAUGAGGUUGAAUUAAGAAGUCGAUUAUUAAGUAAAAGACUUGAUGAGGAUUUGGAUGUUCCCAGUAGAAGACAUCGUGGAUUUCCUAGUCAAUCUGUAAUUCCCGUAAGAAGGUAUCACAGACUUGAUGAGGAUCGUGAUUUUGAUCGAAGAUACUACAGAAUGGACUAUGAACCUGAGAUAAGUGAAGAAUUUGACCCUAGAUUUAGAUGUGAAAGCGCUUAUGAGAGAAAACCUCCCCGAUAUUUUUAUGCUGAAAGGCCCAAUCUGGAUGGAGUAGUACGAGAUCUACCUGCAGAUUAUGAAGAUGAAUUAAAGGAAAGAUCACAUGUGCAGCAGGUUCCAAGAACUGGAAAUUUUAGAAAUCAGGCACAAAUUAGCUCUUCAGCUAAUGAACCUUCCAAGUCUGCUCCUGAAAUGACAUAUGCAACAGGCCUCGUUCUUGGUGGUCAGGACCUAGAACUUCUCCAAAGGAAAAAAGAGAAAUACAGGCAAGAACUAAUUGAACAGAUGGCUGAGCAACAGCGAAAUAAGAGACGUGAGAAGGAACUUGAGCUCUCAGUUGCUGCUUCUGGAGCUCUAGACCCAGAAAAGAAGCUAAGUGAUGAGGAGCCAAAUAGAUUGAGGCAGUUUGGCUUGACAGCAAGAGCUUCUGAAGAGAAAGUGCCACCUGAAAGGCCCAGGGUUGCUUUCCAAACUCCUGUGUCCAUGCCUUCCGUCUCUCCAGUGAAUGAAGACUUUCACCGAGGGCUUGCCAGCACUCUUGGUGAAAUGGCAGCUCCCAGGCUUGCACCUAUGCCACCACCUCCACCGCCAGUUUUGACAGACAACUAUAGAACACCUUAUGAUGAUGCUUAUUACUUUUAUGGGGCUAGAAAUCCUUUGGAUCCCAAUCUUGCGUAUUAUGGUACAGGUAUGAUGGGAAUGCAACCCACACCUAAUCUGGAUCCUCCAUUAGUUCAAGCCCCAGUAGAGCAAUCUCUAAGUAACAUUGGACAGAGGAAUACAGGAGACAGACAAAGAAGCAGAGGAGUUUUUUCUGAAGAAAAAUCAAAGUCCUCCAAAGAGGCAACAUUAUCUUAUCAACAAGAAUUGCAACAGCAGAUAAGAGAGAGAGAGGAAAGACGUAGACAAGAGAGAGAAGAGAAGGAACGCUAUGAAGCCAAGUUAGAAGCAGAAAUGAGGAAUUACAAUCCCUGGGGAAAAGGUGGAGGUGGCGCUCCUCUCAGAGAUGCAAAAGGAAAUCUGAUAACUGACUUGAAUAUGAUGCACAAGCAAAAUGAAGAUGCGUAUCAUAAUCCAGAGGCGAGACUAUACGAAGAUAAAAGGGCUAUUGUAUCUGUUGACCUAAGUUUGGCCUCCCCAAGACCUGAGAACGCAGAAGCAUCUACAAAUAAAAUAGCAGGUUUUACAUUUGCACAGACCUCUCCUUUUGCUCGGGGUAAUGUGUUCAGCGAACCCCUAUCUCCACAACAACUUAAGCGACAAGAGUCAUACAAGAACUUCCUUCGUCUGCAGAUUGAAGAGAAGAGGCGUAGAGAAGAAGCAGAGCGAGAAAAACUUAGAAUAGAAGAAGAAAAAGAAGAAAAACGACUGGCUGAACAGAGAAUGAGAAUUCAAAAAGCAUAUGAAGAUGAACAAGAAGAGAAAAGAAGGAAAGAGGAGGAGCGAAGAUUGAAAAAUAAAGAAAUAAUUCGAUUAGAUGAAGAGAGACAAAAAGAGGCAGAAAAAAGAAGAAAAGAAAAAGAAGAAAAGCAAGAUGAACAACUUAGACUAUAUCUUGAGAAGGAAAAAUUAGCAAAGAUGGAAGAGGAAAAAAAGAUGGUAUGCAGCCAUCUCCCUAUCAUUCCUGCUCUUCAGAACAAAUCAGUAAGAAAAGAAGAGAGGAUUCCAUCUGCUGAAAGCCACGUAUCUUACUAUACACAAGAUCCUCCACCUCCAAGGGUUCCUUCUCCACCUGUCCCUGCUAGAAGAAACCAGUUGCGUGCACUUGAGGAAAGAAAGAAUGUGAUAAAUGAGUUAUCAGAGAUGAGGAAACAGCUCCGUAGCGAAGAGAGGCGGCUGCAGGAACAGUUGCUAAAUGUGGCUAGUGAUGAUGAUAUACCAAUUACGCGUGGGAAGAGAGAGAAGAAUCCAAAAGACAUAUUUGAAAUGGCCAGGCUUCGUCUGCAGGCUCCAGUAAGGCGACCUUCAUCAAGGGAUGCACAAGAUCCUGUCAAUAUACAAAACAUCUGGGAUUUUAAUGAGCUAAAAUACAAAGAUUCUGAAACGCGCAUAGGCUUGAGACACAUGUACCCUGACCCUCCAAAAGAUGAUCAGACGCUAGAGAUUCAACAGCAGGCACUGUUGAGGGAGCAGCAGAAGAAACUUGACAGAAUGAGAAUGAGGAGAGAAACAGGAGAUGAUUCUGCUUCUGGCUGCAACCUACAAACCAUGGGACUGUUCAGAAAUGACUCUGAUGAGUUUUUGAAGAAUUCCCUGCUGGAAUCUGACAGUGCUUUUAUUGGUGCUAAUGGAGAAACAUUUCCAGCCUUAGGAGAAGUUAAUUUAUCAUCACAGCCUGCACCUUCUGCAAGGGAGAGGAGACGAAUAAGGAAGAAAGCAUUGGAGUGCACUGAAGAUGUUCCACGAGACCAGACCCCGUUGCUGCAGCCUGACAACUUCUCUUUGCACUCCAACUUCAGCCUUGAUGUCGAUCAGAUGAAGGGCAAAAAUGAGGAACGAUUGCGCAGACUGACUGAACUCCAGCAGAAGUCUGCUCACCUAGGUGACAACAUUUCCUUAGGGGACACGGAUGACCUGUUGAAGCGCUCUCCAUCCAAGGACGGCCAGCGGCCUGCUUCUGGUGACUCCAUUGCAACAGAGCCCUGGCUGCGCCCUGGCACUUCAGAAACGCUCCGAAGGUUCAUGGCCGAGCAGCCGAGCCCAGCAAAGCUUUCCCCCGAGAACACGCUGCUGCUCAGCUGGCAAGGCCUCUCAACCGCGCAUGGCUGAACCAAACCCGCCUCGACACCAGCUGUGCCUUUCCAUUGGGAACGGACUGUCCCGGCCCAUCACUACUGCACUUUUAUGGUCUCUCGUAGGGGUAGUUCUACUUCAUGUAAAUAGUGGGGAGCUCUCUGUGUGUAAUUUAAAUGAUAGCAAUAAUGAAGAAAGAGAAGCUGCAGCGUAAUGGAGACUCUCAGAGCAGGGAUGUUUACGCGUUACAUCACAGUGGAAUUGGAGUCAUAGUCCAGUGGUUUUUGCACUUUUUAUUCGAGUUAGUUUCAACCUCAGAGAUGAUUUACCAGAAAAAACUGUGUGUGUGUGUGUGUGUGAAUUUGAUAUUAAAUCAGAGUUAUUUUUUAGCUUUGUUUAUAGCCUAACUCAAAAACUGUUUGGAAAGAGGAGCCCAGCAGCAGGGGUAGAGGUUAAGCUUUUACCAAAAGAGUAAAUAACUUGUGAGGAGGGCACUUGCUCCUUUCAUAGUGAUGAGUGCCUGCUCUGCUCAAAAGGUCAGCAAACAGUUUUAUGGAAAAAAAAAAGUCUAUUAGCAUUGUAUCGUAUGUUUCUAACUUGUUAUGUGCUGGAACUGCAGAUAGUGUUGCAUAUAUUUAAUUUAUGUUUCUGAUUUAAGAGUUAAUAAAUUAUUUUGUUAUUAAAAACUGUGAAA